AUGUGGUCUGAGGUAACACAGAAAAUCUGGGAGAACAGGGCUGAAUAUACUAAACAGGACAGGAAGGUAUCUAACCUGUUUGGAAACGAUCAUUUUCUUUAUGAAAAGAAGAGCUUCUGGGGCCACUGCUAUGAAUGUAGCAGUGACCACCUUGACCUGCACCCCUCUGUGAAAGAAAGCAAUUCCAUCCAGGUGAAAAAGGGCAGCUGGAUAAUUUACAAGAGCCCCAGUUACUCAGGACAUCAGUACUUUUAAAAGGGAGGCAAUUCUGACUUCCAGAAGUGGUUCAGUCUCUGCAACUCCAUCGGGUCUUGCCAUGUAAUGCUACAACCACACUUCCGACAGCAGUACAUCCCAAGGCCUGGCAAAUACAGGUGAUUCACCAAAUGGGGUGCCAUGACUGCCGAAGUUGAAUCCCUCGAACCAACAGUGGAUAUUUCCUAA